AUGACGAAUCCGGCAACCCAUUGGAUCGAGUCGCAGGAUGGUGAAUAUGACCUUACGUUGACCAAAUCAUCGGAAGUGGAGCUGAAGAAGAAGCUAUUCCUCACCGCACAAGUGGACUGCAUCAGCAUUGAUCAUGAGGUUCUUGAAUACUUAGGAGAACAAGUGAGAGAUAUCAUUGCAGACUUGAGAGAAGCACGGUGUUGUGCAGAGAACGGAAGAAUUGCUAUCUGUUCAAGAUCAAUGAGGAAGUAG